UGUAGUUUUACUGACACAAGUGAUCGUGGCGGUAUGGAGCUGCUACCAAAGGAUUCUAUAUUUGAAUUUAAUACAGAUACACUUGAGUAUUUAAGAAAACAGUAUGACUUAGAUAGGCCGGGAAGGAUUGAGGAAGCUAUCAAUCUGCUGCAUGACUGGAUUCAGAAACAACCUCAUCUUAUGAAAAAAGAUUUCGCGAGAGACUAUUUGGAGAGGACAAUUAUUAUAUGUAAGGGCUCGGUGGAGAGAGCUAAAGUAAAAAUAGAUAAAUUAUGCACAUUUCGAACAUUGUAUCCGGAUUUAUUUGUGACCAGAAGUGUUAAGAAUUUCCAAUCUCUUACUGAUUUACAUGGUGCUUUUCUUCCAAAACUGACAGUGGAUCAUUAUAGAGUCUACAUAUUUAGAAACCGAGCGCAAGUUUUGGAAAAUGGAUUUCAUGAGUUUUACCGGUACUUCUAUAAACAAUGUGAAUACAUUCAAGCCCACGAUUACUGCAAUGGAGUGGUGGUCUGUCUUGAUUAUAAAGAUGCUAAUAUAAUGGAAGUUAUUAAAGCCUUGAAUAUCGUUGACAUGCGACAAGCCUUGGCAGUAAUGAAGGAAGGAUAUGGAAUGAGAAUCAAGGGUUUACACUUUCUAACAGAAUCGAAAGCGUUGGAUAUUGUAAUAUCUAUAUUCAAACAAGUGUUCAGCGCAAAGGUCAUGGAACGUAUGGUAAUACAUAAGAAAAUAGAUACAGUGUAUGACUAUGUACCUAAAGAUAUUUUGCCAGAGGAUUACGGUGGCAAAGAAAAAUCCCUAUACGAGCUACACCAAAAAUAUAUAAACAUACUUAGUUCUGAGGAUUUUACUAAUUAUACAAAUGAAAUGAACAAGGCGUGCACGAACGAGAAGUUGAGACUGGGUGACAAUGAUUACGGCUUGGGUAUCGCGGGAACGUUUAGAACAUUAAACGUUGAUUGAUAACAACUUUUUUUAUAAUUAUUUUAUUUUAGUCUUGUCUUUGGUAUGUAACUAAAUGGUAAUUCGUUUAUUAAUAAAUAUGUUUCUUUAGGCACUGUUUCA